AUGGAUUACGUGGUGGGUAGUGUGGCGGCCUUAGUGUCUGGCAAUGUGACGCCCAGCCGUCCAAGGAUUCUGAAAAGAGCUCUAACACCGACAAAACAUCAACCUUCGCCAAAUGUAACUCCUAAAAGUGAGUUUGUCGAUGAUAGAUCUAUAUUUCUCUCACCAAGCGUGCAGAAGAAGAAAGCUAUGGUCAAAAAAUCUCCGAAAAGGAUAUUUCAGAACCCAGAUCUUGAGACUACGGUUACCGGUGAAGAAAGUUUAAGUUUAACAAGUCCUAAGGCUGAUAAAGUUAAAAAACAUUUAAAAGACGAACUUGACAGUGACAUAGGCUCUAAUAAAAAUGCAGCUGAUACUAAACUACUCAAGCAAAAGGAGAAAAAUAAAAAAGAGUCUGUACCAGGUACAGAGGAAAGUACUAACAGUGUAAAAGUACAAAGUUCCAAUGAAAACACUCCGAAAAAAAAGAAAAAGAAAAACAAGACGGCUUCUGAAAAUUCUGAAAUACCAGCAUCAGAAGUAUCAGAAAGUACAGUAACAGAAGUGAGUGCAAAUGUGGCCAAAAGCCCUAAGAAGAUGAAACAAAGACGUCAAUCAGUGUUUAAUGAUGAUAGCAAUAAAGAAAAUGCUAUUAAUGAAUUAGAAACAGAAUCUAAAAUGGCUAUAGAUAACACAAGUCCUACUAAACAGAAAAAUAAUUCAAAGAAUCCAAACAGUAUUGACGAAAGCAAUAAUGUUGAAGUUUCUCUGGUAGCUAAUGUAAAUUCCAAAAAAAAGAAAAAUAAGAAACGCAAAAAGAAGACAAAACAGACUACAGUUGAAAAAACAGAAUCUACAGAAGAUAUUACAGUAAAAACAGAUGUUAAAAAUGAUGAAAACAAUCAAGGUAAUUCUAAAAAGAAGAAUAGGAAACGUAAGAAAUCAAAAUCUCAACAAAAUAAAGCAGAAGUCAUGGACGUCGACCAAUCAACAUUAGAAAAAAAUAAGAUAGAUAACGAAGAUGAUGGCGACGAGUUAACUGCACCGAUGAAAAAAUCAAAAACAAUUGUAAACCCUAAUGCAAUUACUGAUAAAGAAUCGGACUCAGAACAUGAGUCAGAUGAUGAAAUAGAAUCAGAAAAUGAGGAAAUAAAUAAAAAAGUUUUCGCCGCAGAGCCUGAAGAUGAGGCAAGUAGUGACGAAGAUGAAGUUAAAACAAAGGAAGUUGAACAAAAAGCAGAGAAAAAGGAAAUUAAAAAUAAGGGAGAAGUAAACACAGAAGAUGAGGUUAAGAGAACAUUGUUUGUAGGAAAUGUUCCUUUCAGUGCUAAAUGUAAGAAAGAAAUCAAAAAGAUUUUUAAUAAACACGGACAGAUUGAAACUAUUCGGAUUCGCACAGUUCCGAUAAAAGAUGGAAGAUACACUCCAAAGCUGGCAGUUAUUAAGAAUGAGCUGCAUCCUGAGCGUACGACUGUAAACGUAUAUAUCAAAUAUGCUGAUGAAGAGUCUGCCGAGAAGGCCCUAGUAGAAAACAAUACAGUCCUCAACGACCACCAUUUGCGCGUGUGCCGAAGUUCCUCCACGGGGGCGGAACAUGAUCCAAAAUGUUCUAUCUUCUUGGGCAAUUUACCGUUCGCUAUUGAGGACGAAACUUUGAGGGAAAAGUUUGAAAAGUGCGGAGAAAUUGAGUCUGUCAGGAUUAUUAGAGAUAAGAAAACUAAUGCAGGAAAAGGCUUUGGUUACGUCAACUUCGCAUCAAAAGACGCCGUUGAACUUGCUCUAGCAUUAACAGAAGAGGAUUUGACAAUAAAGAACAGAAUAAUUCGCGUAAAGAGAUGUACACAACUCACAAACAAGCAAAAGCAGAAACCAAAGCAAGACAAUCAGAGACAACAAAGUGGUCAAAGACAUUAUCAAGGGAAGCAGAGACCACAAAGUGGUCAAAGACAGCAUCAAGGUAAUCAGAGAGUUCAAAAUGGUCAGAGACAGAAUCAAGGUAAUCAGAGAGGUCAAUCUGGUCAGAGACAGAAUCAAGGUAAUCAGAGAGUUCAAACUGGUCAGAGACACAAUCAAGGUAAUCAGAGAGUUCAUCCAGGUCAGAGCCAGAAUCAAGGCAAUCAGAGAUGGAAUCAAAGUGGCUUUCAAAGAGGUAACCAAGGUGGCCAGAGAUACGGGAAUAUGGACGAGGCAGGACAAGAUGGAGCACAUAGGAGGAUUCUUCACAAAAGAAAGAGUCAGGAUGCUAACGGUGGCGAUGGACCUCCAAAUAAGAGACAGAAGGACAUAAACCAGCCCAACAAAGAGAAGAAGACAAGGAAGGAGUUUGUUGGCAUGACUGCUGAAAAGAAAAAGAAACGCAAAUUUGAUAAAGGACAGAAGAAAAAGAAGGCUCUGAGUGAGAUUUUAACAAAGUAA